UGAUAUACUAACAUCAUGAUGACGAAUUUAAUUUGGGUUUUUACGAGGUUUGAUCAACAAGCGAAUUGAAAUAUUCCUGUGGACCAGCUAUGUGCAUUUGAAGGAAAUGCCGAGUGUAACUGAGAUUUUCAGAUUGUUAUUUGGGCCUCCAAAAGAGCGACUCGACACAAACGAAUUACCAAGAGAAAUUCAACAGGAUUUUGAUAACCUUUAUGGAAGGGGAUCAGUGCUUCAUUUGGAGGUAGAACCUCCAGAUUAUCACGAAGAAUGGAGAAUAUAUGGUGGACAUAAUCCAGAGCAGGGAGAUCUUGAACACUUUUUUCAUUCCAGUGAGGGUGAUUUCCAACAGGAGUUUGAUCAGAUGUUUCAGAACAUUUUUGAACGAUUUCUUGGUGAUUUUAAUCCCCCAUCCCAAGCCUUACCACCAGGUUCACCGUCAGAAAGGCCACAGGAAAAUUUUUCUCAACGCCCCAAAUCCCUAAGGGAUAGAAUGCUUAAAGGCCCAGAUACACCUCAUGGCAAUGAUGACCUCCCUGAUCAGCUUAGAGGCAGUCAGUUGGAUGGUCCUCCCUCUCCUCCUUCUUCAUGUGACAAUAACGCGAAGAAUUGGUGAUGAAUUGCACACUAUUAGAAGGAGAAAAGGCAGUUCUGGGAAUGAAGAGACAGAGGAAGAUACAGUUAACGUAAACAGUGAAUCGUUUCCAUAUUUGUCGGAUGGCAAUGCCUCAAACCCACAACCAUCCUUGUUCUCCAUAGUCGAGUCUCUCAUGGAAGACUUCUUCCCCCGACGAAGGUAGCACUUUGGAAUUCCGACAGGGAAUUAAACACUUUGAAGUCUCAAAAUUCAAGCCGUUGUGGAAAUUCACGUGUAGUUUAUCACGCACAGAAAUAUCUUUUUCUGGCGUUGUAAUGGGAUAGAGAAACGUCGUGGUCAAACGGGAACGUCAGUUUUAUUGAAAUCUUUCACUUGUGCUGUGGGAGUUUUAUUAUCACCUAAGAAUGAUUUUCGAGGAAUGUUAAAGUAAUGUGGGAUUGCACCAGCUCUGCCUCUAUUCGCUCUGUGAUUGCUUUUUAAUUAGCACCACUUUCCCAACCAACUGGGUGCAAAACUAAAAUCAAUCGCGACUUGGUCGGUCAUUCGCGUGUUUUGCACGUCAGGAAGUUUGCAUUUGAUUGACUCCUGUUGAUAACUUUGUUUGAUUUGCUUUGUGACUACUAUUUGAUUUCUUUGUGUUUGAUUUCACGAUGCUCAAAUGAAAAGCGCUCUAUGCAAAUACAGUAUAGUCCAAAAAUACAUAUUCCCUUGAACCCAUACAAAAUGUUUUUCUCUGUAACACACGGUAUCGUAGGGGAAAAAAGCUACAGGCUCCAAGAAAACGUCAGUUUGAGUGAGAGAACAAAAUUUUGGAAAUUGCAUAACAUAGUACCUUGUCAGCUUUAAGUCUGAUUCUCAGUCUGAUUACGGAAGCUAUCUUAAUUAACAGCUACAAGGUAACAACUUUAAAAUUGUUCUGUUUGUUAACGCUGGAGAAUUUGAUCCACCAGAAUAAAGGAAUACAGAGCGGAGUAACUAGU